CACCCCCCCCUGUUAAACAUGUCCUCUUCAUACGCCUCCGCCAUAUCCGCCCUUCUUCCUGAAAGCUCUUCCGGUCCACCCGACAGACCAAGCCCUCGCCCCUCAGAGGUUCAGGUUCGGAGACCUGAACCUCCCCUCGCGCCCCGCUGCCCUCCGGCCGUACGGACACGUCCUCAUUCGCCGGAUCCUCUGGGACCUUAUGAGGAGGAACAGGAGAACCCGGCCGACUACGGCAUCGGUGGAUACUACCCCGUAGAGAUCGGAACGAUAUUCGCCGACCGUUACCAAGUGGUUAAGAAGUUGGGAUGGGGUCACUUCUCGACUGUAUGGCUCUGUUGGGACAUGCUGACGGGGCGCUUCGUGGCCCUGAAGGUGGUGAAGAGCGCGCCCACGUUUACGGAGACGGCCCUGGACGAGAUCGAACUCCUGAAAUGUGUGAGGGACAGUGACCCCAGAGAUCCAAAACGUGAGACGAUCGUGCACCUUAUUGAAGACUUCAGGACCACCGGAGCGAAUGGAGAGCAUGUGUGCAUGGUUCUGGAGGUGCUUGGCCACCAGCUGCUCAGGUGGAUCAUCAAAUCCAACUACUGCGGCCUCCCGCUGCCCUGCGUCAAGAGCAUCCUCAGACAGGUCCUGCAGGGUUUAGAUUACCUGCACACCAAAUGCAAAAUCAUCCACACCGACAUCAAGCCGGAGAACAUCCUCCUGAGAGUGGACGAGGUUUACGUCCAGAAGCUGGCGGCCGACACCAAGCUGUGGCAGCUGCCGGUGUCCUCCGCGUUCACCGGCUCCACGGCGAACAGGAGCUCCAGAGAAAAUCAGAGUUUGUCCAACUUGUUGGGGAAGUUGACCGGGGUCUUCCACACUCUCAGGGAGUGGUCCAGCAAGGUCUCCAAGAGCCCCAUAAAGCGACUGACAAGAAAAGACAGGGGUCGACGAGGACAGGACCACAAUCAGAAAGCCAAACUUCAUGUGUCCUUCUCUGAUGUCACUGGCCCCUCUAGCACCCGUAGCUCCGCCUGUCACUCAAAGCUCACAGGUCCUAACCUCAUGUUGAGGAGGCAGACCCUGCUAAUGGAGGACGGACCGGACUGCUCGUGGCCAGACCUCAACACAGACGCUCCCGUCUCUGACUCCAGAUCAGCGUUAUUACAUCAGACUGCGCACAAGGAGCCGCCUCCCCCCUCACCAUCCUCUACCCGUGGGAUCGGUGACCCUGAUGUGCUUCUGGACCUCCUAAAGCCCCAGAAUGCUGAUCAAAUCCUCAUUAAGAUUGCCGACCUGGGCAAUGCCUGUUGGGUGCACAAACACUUCACUGAAGACAUCCAGACGUGUCAGUACCGCUGUGUGGAGGUUCUGAUCGGUGCCGCCUACGACACGUCGGCUGACAUCUGGAGCACCGCCUGCAUGGCGUUUGAGCUGGCCACGGGGGAUUAUCUGUUUGACCCACAAUCAGGAGCCUCAUUCACCCGCGAGGAAGAUCACGUUGCUCACAUCAUUGAGCUGCUGGGAUCCAUCCCCCCCCGGUUGGCCUUGUCAGGGAGAAACUCCAAGCAGUUCUUCAACCGCAAAGGACAACUGAGACACAUCUCCAAGCUGAAGCCGUGGAGCUUGUUCGAGAUCCUGCUGGAGAAGUACGAGUGGCCGCGGGAGGAGGCCGCCGGGUUCGGCUCCUUCCUCCUGACCAUGUUGGAGCUGCUGCCGGAGGACAGAGCCACAGCUGCCCAGUGUCUGAAACACCCCUGGAUGACCUGCUAG